GCACACUUCCGCUUCCGGGGUGGCACAAUCAGUUUCGCUGCACGGGCCACAGAUAAGCGCUGGCGUUUGGUUAUUUUUGGGCAAGCGCGAAAAUGACAACCUCGAGCAGCACGGCCGACACUCAACAGCGUAAAGGGCACAGACGGAAUGAAUCAAUGUAUGCCAUGACCGGACUGUACUCGGAGGCGCAGACCGACGAUAGCAGUGCGGAUAUCCCCCAGGACACCGAGUCGGAAUCGCUGCCGAUGUCGGUAAACACUGCCACGACCACGACGACCACGGCCACCUGCGGAACGGCGACGGCCACGGCGGACACCGUCAUCAAGUGCCACAGUCGGCAACCGUCGGCCAGCGUGAUGAUGGACCGGGAGAAGCCACUGCCGAACGUGCUGCUGAUCAACGACGACUAUAUGCGCGACUGCGGCAUCCUCAACUGUCGACCAUCGGCGGUCCAGCAGUUUGCGCGAAUCAAGGUGUUCGUGCUCCUGCUGUCCAUCCUCGUUACACUACAGCAGGCCCUUAGCUCAGGCUACAUAAACUCGGUGAUUACGACAAUAGAGAAACGCUUCGAGAUACCAUCCAGCCUAUCCGGGCUGAUAGCGUCAAGCUACGAGAUUGGCAACGUUAUUACGGUCAUCUUCGUGAGCUACCUCGGUAGCCGACGGCACAUUCCGGUUUGGAUCGGAAUCGGUGCCGUCAUCAUGGGCAUCGGUUCGCUCGUGUUCAUGGUGCCACACUUUACCGGUGAAGCGAACCCGGGCAUCAUGAUCGACAAUAAAACGUCCGACAACAUCUGCCGGUUGGUGUCGGUGCGCGAGCAGGAUAUGGGACUCGGUCGGCUUUCGAACAGCCUCUCGAACCCACCACUGACGUCGCACAAUCUGAGGGGAGACAACUGUCUCAAGAGCAAAUCGUCCACCUUCGGGCCUGUGAUAUUGUUUGUGAUCGCACAAAUACUGCUCGGUGGUGGUGGAAGCCCGCUGUUUACCCUCGGAACUACCUACGUUGACGAUCACGUCCGCAAGGAGAGUUCGUCGAUGUAUAUUGGUGCAAUGUACAGUAUGGCGGCGUUCGGUCCAGUGCUCGGCUUUCUUCUCGGUGCCUACCUGUUGUCCUUCCAUAUGGAUUCCUUUUCCGGCAGUGACAUCAAUAUCGAUCCGGACGACCGCCGAUGGGUUGGCAUGUGGUGGGGAGGCUUUCUGGUGUGCGGCAUCCUGCUCAUCAUAGUGGCGAUACCAUUUUUCUCCUUCCCGAAGGUGCUGACGCGGGAGAAGAAGAAAAUCCGCAUUGCCGAACAGCGGCUACCUCAACUGCAGCAAUUAACGUCCAACAACUCGAGCAGUUUACCACGUUCGCAGCCAAAUCUUUCGCAACAGCAGCAGCAGCAGCCGCCCCAGCACAACACAGGAAGCCUUCCGAGUCAGCACCAACAACAACAGCAGCAGCAACAGCAACAACAAAGCGGUGGUCAAUCCAAUACUGGUCCACAAAAAGCUAAAUCCGGCGAGGAUACCGGAUAUGGACAGGACAUAAAAGACAUUCCCCAGUCGAUGUGGCGCCUGGUGACGAACCCGGUGUACAUUGUCACCUGCCUUGGCGCGUGCAUGGAGCUGAUGAUUGUGUCCGGUUUCGUCGUGUUCCUGCCCAAGUACCUCGAGACGCAGUUCAGCUUGGGCAAGAGCCAAGCGAGCGUGUUUACCGGUUCGAUUGCAGUGCCGGGCGCCUGCAUUGGCAUCUUCGUCGGUGGCUGCAUUCUGAAGCGCUUUCAGCUGAAACCUAAGGGCGCGGUCCAGUUUGUGCUCAUUUCGAACCUUGUCUGCCUGUCCUGCUAUGGGCUGCUGUUUUUCCUCGGCUGUGAGAAUCUCAAGAUGGCUGGAACGACGAUACCGUACUACAACAGCAGCGGAUCGGUGCAUAAUGUGGAACCGUUCCAGGUGAACCUGACGGCCGCCUGCAACUUUGGCUGCGAGUGUCACAUGUACGACGUCGAGCCGGUUUGCGGCAAUAAUGGGUUGACUUAUUUUAGCCCCUGCCAUGCCGGGUGCACGGCUUUCUCGUCCAGCUCGAACUACACGAACUGUGCUUGUGUUCAAGCGAACGUCACCAACAGUGUGUACAAGGGAGCCGAAGGUGCCCAGGCGCAGGCCCUGAACGCGCACGAAAACUUUGCCGAAGUCACCGUAAUCCCGGUGGCAACAGCGGGUGUCUGCAAUACGCCCUGCCGCACGAUCUACCCGUUCCUGAUACUACUCUUCUUCAUGACGUUCGUCGUGGCCUCGACGCAAAUGCCGCUGCUUAUGAUUGUGCUGAGAUCCGUCUCGGAGGAGGAACGUUCCUUUGCGCUCGGUAUGCAGUUUGUCAUCUUCCGGCUGUUCGGGUACAUCCCGGCCCCGAUCGUGUUCGGCAAUCUGAUCGAUUCGUCCUGCUUGCUGUGGAAGUCAACGUGCGGCGAGAAGGGUGGCCGAUGCUUGAUUUACGACAUAGAAAAAUUCCGUUACAAAUACGUUGGCUUGUGUGCGUCAAUUAAAAUCAUUGCCUUGAUUAUCUUCAUCAUCGACUGGUGGUUGGUUAGACGGCGGAAAAAUCUGGACAAGUUGAACCCACUCUCGACGAACGAGCUCGUUGGGUCAAUAAUAAGUCUAGAUAAAUUGUUCGAAGAAAAAGCUGCACUGGAUGAUAAUGCAGCCAUUCCGUUCAACGGUGAAUGCAUUUCUGGCGACACGCUGGCAGAGAACAACAAACGCAUCCUCAUUGCUAGCCGACAUCAGCGAAACGAUUCCAAAACGAUCCAGCUAGAGUAUAGGUACGACGACGGUGGCGCACAUCAACCCUACCGGUUGCCACCCCCGGCAGCGGCGGCACGCAAGCACUACCGCAGCAAUUCCUGUGAUAUCAAAAUUCAACGCAGCAACUCGGCCACCAAUCGGGAGGUCGAUGGGCACGAUUGGAAGCUGAAGCGCUUCAUGCGCCACCACACGCGCAACAACUCCCAUGACUAUAACAAUGAUCAACACCAUCGGCAGCACGGUGGAACAUCGUCGGCCUCCGGUGGCCAUCUCGGUCGGUGGAUUGCACUACAGCACCACAACAAUGACCAGCAGCAGCAGCAGCAUCCAGCACUUCCGUCUGGCGGUGGGGCGAGUAACAUUCGGUACAUUUUGAAUCACCUCAAACCCGGCUCCGGCACCGGUCCGGAGCAUGUGAAGCUGGGUUACAGCAGUAGCUGUGCUGGAAGCGGUGUUGGGGGACAGAAAAAGAAGCGUCACACACGCAAUUAUUCGUACGGGCAGGAGUUUUCAUUCCUACCGAACAACGUCAUCAUCCGGCUGGAUAACGACAUUGCCAACAAGUUCCUCAGCUCCACCGGAGGGGGUGGUGUACCACUGGGUGGUGUCGGAGGUUCCUCACGGAAAAGUUCCUUCUCGCACGAUGUGGCGGCAGUGGUGCUGAAAAACAAUGCGAGCGUCGUUGGUGGAGCUGGCGGUGUGAGUGGUGCUGCGAAAUUGAACAAUAUGAAGCUUAAUCAGCACAGCAGUGACCUCACGGAGGAACUGGAGUCCAAGUACGGCAAGGGCCAUUCGCGGAACAACUCGCGUGAUCUGAAUCUGCUCAACCUCGCACCGGCGAACUUGUCUACCACGGUCGUUGGAGGGGCGAGUAACGUGUCCAACCUCGAGCAGUCUUGCGACCGUCCUUUAGUAGGCUCGGGUGGCAUCCUGGGUGGCAUCAAAUCGUUGAUUGAAGAUUCGAAUAGCAUCCUGCGCCAUCGGCGUACCAACUCGAAGGAUCUGAAGUACGGUGGCUAUCAACCUUGCGGCGGUGGGGUCGAACCGAUCGGAGUGACCGGCGGGGGUGCUCUCGUGCGGAAACUUUCAUCGGCCGCCCAAGUCGAUGGGCACGAGUCUCUCGUAGGCCGGGGAUCGAUUCCCUCUGGUGCUGCGGUAGUAGGAUCGUGUCUAGCGUCCUCGUCCGAUGUAAUGAGUGGCCAGCCGGAAUCGCUUCAGCUGCUACUCGACAAGAAUGCCGUUCUGCCGGAGGAACCGGCUUGUUCCUCUCCGUCGUCCCCCUCGUCCGCAUCGUCGUCACACUCGUCUCCUUCCUCGUCUUCGUCGGGCAACGUUUAGCCGUGUCGAACCGGGCGGCUUCCAACAUGAGAGCCCCGCGGGUGAUGAUGCAUUUAUUCGGCCAUUCGGUGGCCCGAUCUUCCCAGAUGGUACGUAAGAGGGGUAGCGCGGGUGUGUAUACUGUUUGCGGCUAACGGCGGCAGGUAUUGAGUAAUCUGCCAUACUUAUUGCAAUAAGCUUAUGGGACGGUGCAGAAAAGCUCAGCAAAAGAAGAUCUGUUCUUCUCGAGAAGGAAAGGUUCCGAUUUGUUUGGAGGGUUUUUCAUGUUUGUGUCACAAAGGGUUUAUAGGUUGGAAAAUAAAACUAUUCCUAGCCGAGUGAUCUUCCACUUGGCAGUUGGUUUCUUGUUAAAAAUGUAUGGAGCUGGAGUUUUGUUACAGUUACAAGCACUCAAUAAUGACGGAUGGCCGCCUGCUCAUACCCACUUUCAGCAUGAAUAUGGGUGCAGAUUUUACUUUGAGCUACCAUAGAUUGGUUCUGCAUUUUUUAAUUGCCCAAUUUUAUAUUCUUCGGAACCUCUCCAGUCUACCUUCGCCGAUACGAUAAUGUCCUUCCACUCCGGAAAGUUAAGAUAUUCUCAUUCGAGGAACAGCAAAAGUAGCGCGUGUCAAAGGAAAACACAACAAAAAUAUAAAAAGGCUUUCAGGAGACAAAACCCAAUACAAACCGAUGGACUGAACUGAAGAUGUAUAGUUAAACACAAGUAAUAGCAAUACUAAUACGGAGAUCCGUUUGAGGUAAAUGUGGGGGGAAAAGUGGCAAGGCAUAUGUGCGAAGAAAACGACGGCAAUGUCACUCGUCGUCUGGUCACCAUAAGAUUGUCCUGCGGAUGAAACAAGUGUAUAAAAGUCUAACGAUAAAGUAACAUAAAACAAUAUUUUUAUAUAAAA